GCAAAAACCGCAGUCGCCUGCACUCAAAAAAUAAAUCCAAAGCCAAUUAAGACAAUCAAUCGCAAAGCGACCCAUAACGAAGUGAACCGACUGGAAUACAGCAGGCGCCAGCCUGGUACCACCCACCAACACCCACCACCACCCACCACCUCGCACCACCCCCACAACCACCCUCCCGACAAAAGUCUUCGUGCAUUGUUAAAUCGGCUUAUGAUCAGGCAAAGUACGUUGAUUCCACAUGUUAUUCGUAUAUCAAUUUGGCAGUCGACGAGGUAUUUUCAAACGGUUAGCAUAUGCACGCAGUUCGAUUUUCGAUUUGCAGAGCUUUUUCGAGGAGCAAACCGCAGCUAAUAUAGAGCUUCAAUGAGCGAGGGACUACAUCGACAAAAGUUAUUUCCUUCCUCAAAAUGAGUUCGGUGCGACCCCUGAAGCCCGCGUUGAUGGCGAUUGCCACCAGGGAGCUGAACGAGGUGCCCCAGCGGCUUCAACAGGAUAUCGAGGCUCUAAAGGAAUGGGUCUUGAAGCAACCACAUCUGAGAGCCUGCACCGAAGACCAGUUCCUGCUGGCCUUUCUGCGCGGAACAAAGUUUAGCCUGGAACGGGCAAAGGAGAAGUUCGAUCGGUUUUAUACCUUGCAGGGAUCCAUUCCUGAGGUCUUCAAUAAAAGACGCCUCGCCACCGAUCCCCAGGUGCUGGAUAUCAUUAGGAUGGGAGUUCUCCUGCAAAUUCCCAUGGAUGUGGACGAUCCCGGGCCUUGCGUGACCAUUAUUCGAGCUGGGUCCUACGACACGAGCAAGUACAAGUUCCAGGACAUAGUUCGCGUUGGAUCCAUGUUCGGUGAGAUCAUGAUGUUCGAGGACGAGAACGCCACGGUCAGCGGUUAUGUGGAGAUUAUGGACAUGACUGGAGUUACGGGUGCCCACCUCUUUGCUCUCCAGCCGCAGUUGCUAAGUAAGUUUUCCACCUAUGCGGACGAGGCGAUGCCGACGCGCCAGAAGGGAAUCCAUUUCAUUAAUGUCCCUGCCGCCUUCGAAACUGGUUUCAAUACGUUGCGUUCUUUUUUCCCGGCAAAAAUCAAAAACCGGAUUUCGGUAACCUCUGAUCCGUCGGCUAUAUUUGAAAUAGUGCGUCGCGAGUAUUUGCCCAAGGAGUACGGAGGAACCGGGCCCAGCAUGCAGGACAUAAGCCGAACCAUGGAGGCGAAGCUAUCCAGUUAUGAAUCCUACUUUCAGGAGUCCCAGAGUUUCGGAGUUGAUGAAAAGCUGCGCGAAUUUGGGACUCAUGAGCGGAAGAAUCAUCGCUCCUCCUUUGGGGCUGCGGGUUCGUUUCGGAAACUGCAGAUUGACUGAAACUGACCGGCAGGAAAUAGCCAAUGUCAAUCGUUAAGAUUAUAAAGGAAGAACCAUUUGCAUAAAUCUUACCUGGAAAACCUCGUUAGUCAGUCACAAUAACCAACAUAUUUAUAUCUAGAUUAACAAACACGAUGGUGAUUACUUCUGAGCUAUAAGACUUCUUCAAGGGGUAUAAAACUAGUAAAGCAAGAACCACAAUGUGUCACAAACUUUAAA